GGUUUCCAGUCUAGAUUAAAAUCAUUUUUUAUGGCUCAACUAAAAGCAAUUGCCUCUGCUAAAAUUGACAGCUUCAAGCAAGAUUUGAUUGCUGUAAGCAGUGAUAUAUGGAAGAAACCAGAGGUGGCCUAUGAAGAACAUGAAGCACACCAAAAUCUCACAAACUUUCUUGAGAAGAAAGGUUUCACUGUGGAACGCUCCUACACUGGUAUCGAGACAGCUUUCAGGGCCACCUUUGGCUCUGGGAGACCCAAUGUGUGUGUGAUCUGUGAAUACGAUGCUCUGCCUGAAAUCGGUCAUGCAUGUGGACACAACCUCAUAGCAGAGGCUGGAGUUGCUGCUGGUUUGGGUUUGAAAGCUGUUUUGGAAUCAAGUGAUGCCCCAAAGGGAAUGGUGACUGUCUUAGGAACUCCUGCAGAAGAAAGUGGUGGUGGGAAAAUUGAUUUGUUGGGGAAUGGUGCAUUUGAUGAAAUUGACAUUUCAAUGAUGAUACAUCCCGCUCCUUACUCAAUUCUGAAGCCAAUUUUUGUUAAGCGAAUGCAUCUGAAGAUUAAGUUUGCCAGCAAGACAUCUCAAGACAAUGCACUAGAUGCUGCAAUACUUGCAUAUACCUCUAUCUCUCAUAUGAGACAGCAGAUAAAGACAACCUGUAGUAUCCAUGGCAUCAUAGUUGAUGGUGGUUGUCAUCCAAAUCUAGUACCAGAUAAAUCUGUAAUGGAGUAUGAAAUCAGAGGCCUCACGACAUCCGAUGCACAUGCUCUGUAUAAGCGUGCCAGGACUUGUUUUGAAGCAGCUGCAAACGCUACUGGCUGUCAAGUUAUUAUGGACAACCCUUGCAAAAGUUAUGAUGAUCUCAACUGUAAUUCAAUUCUAGCGGACUUGUAUUUGAGAAAUGUCAGAGACCUUGGAGUCGUAGACAUUCAAGAAACAAAGUUUGAAAAUGGUUCCACUGACAUGGGAAAUGUAUCGUAUGCUGUACCAUCUAUACACCCCAUGUAUAAGAUUGGCAAUGGAGAAAUGUAUCAUACCAGGGACUUCAAAAGUGUCACAAACAUCCCUGAGGCUCAUAGCACCACUCUGCAAUGGGCCAAGGCCAUGGCUCACACAUGCGUCGAUGUAAUGACAGGGGAAGGCAUCCUUGAUAAGAUCAAACAAAUGCAUACGUACCAUAAUAAUUGACAUAAAAAAAUUGAGACUACAAAAAAGCUGCCCAAAUCGUUUAAAGCAAAAUGGUGCAAUAAUUUAUAUCUGUAACAGUGGUUGGAAUUUAACACUAUAUUUGUUGGUGGUUUGUUGUUUCAAACUUAGCUGCACUUAUUCUAUUGCUGACUUUAUUACCUAUUUUAGACUAUUCUUUUGCUGAGCAUGCAUGAUUUUGUUUUUAGUAUGUAAAUGGCUGUUUUGUUGUAAUGAUUAUGAUUCAAUUACUGUACC